AUGAAAAAGAUACAAAAAAUUGAUACUUUUUUUAAAAGAAAGAAUUCUGAAGAUUCAUCAUCUCAAGUAAAUCCAUCUACAAGUGUUGAUCAAUUGAAUUCUGAAAGUCGUCCUGAAAAAUCUCAAAGAAUUGAAAUCAAUGAGAAGUUUGACAUUCAAGCAUUAGAACGUGAUCCAGGAUUGCGACUACCAAUAUGGAUGUGCCCCGUUGACAAGCGUGAUGAAGUUAGGAGAGCCUAUAUCAAGGUCGGCCCAUAUCAAUUAACAAAAGUUCUUGAUAAAGCUCCACGAAAUGCAACAUAUACAUCACCAACAAUACAAAAACAAAUUUUGCAAGUGUUGGCAACUAAAGUAAAAAGUGCUAUCCGAGAAGAAAUUGGUGAUGCAAAAUUUUGUAUCAUUGUUGAUGAAGCUCGAGAUGAAUCAAAGAGAGAACAAAUGUCAAUUGUCUUGAGAUUAUUUGUUGAUAGAGAUGGCUUUAUACAAGAGCGAUUCUUUGGAGUUGUUCAUGUUAAGGACACUAUUGCAUCAACAUUGAAAGAAGCUUCAUCAAAGGAAGUCAUCCCUGUCCAUCACUUUUUCACUAAGUUGAACUCCAUUAUUAAUGUUGUUGGGGCUUCAUGUAAGCGCAAUGACCAGUUGAAAGCUGCUCAUGCCUCAAAUAUUGCUCAUUUGCUUAAUAUUGAUGAGCUUGAAAGUGGGAAGGGUCUUAACCAAAUUGGUUUUUUACAAAGGCCAGGUGAUACUCGUUGGAGUUCUCAUUUGAAAUCUAUAUCAAGUUUGAUGAGAAUGUUUAGUGCAACGUGUGAAGUUUUACUUAAUAUUAUUGAAGAUGAAACUACACCUACUCACCGUGGAGAUGCCGAUGCAGCUUAUGAGGUAAUGACUUCUUUUGAAUUUGUAUUCAUUAUGCACCUCAUGAGAAAAGUUCUAGAGAUUUCUAAUAUGCUUUGCCAAGCUUUGCAACUCCAAUCUCAAGAUAUAUUGAAUGCAAUGCAUCUUGUGGCAUCUACUAAAUUGCUUAUUCAAAAAUUAAGAGAUAGUGGAUGGGAUGAAUUAAUUUCAAGUGUGAAGUCUUUUUGUGAAAAUGUCAAUAUAACUGUGCCAGAUUUUGAUGCUAAAUAUAUUGCAAGAAGAGGAAGGACUAGGAAUCAACAAGAUGAAUUAACAGUUGGACAUCAUUACAAAGUUGAUAUUUUUAAUGCGGUGAUUGAUUCUCAGUUGCAAGAGUUGAAUAAUAGGUUUGAUGAUAAAGCAAUGGAGUUAAUUAUUCUAAGUUCAUCCCUUGAUCCAAAAGAAAUGCGUAUAUCAUUCAGAAUUGAUGACAUUUGCAAGUUGGUAGAGAAGUUUUACCCACAAGACUUUGCAAAUUAUGAGAUUUUGCAAUUAAGAAUGCAACUUGAACAUUUUGAACAUGGGCAACAACUUCCUGAUUUUAGAGCACUAGAAAGUAUUUCUGAUCUCUGCCAAUGGUUGGUGAAAACUAGAAAAUUGGACAUCUAUCCUCUUGUGUUCAGAAUAGUAACUCUCAUUCUCACGCUUCCUGUAUCCACAGCUACAACAGAACGAUCUUUUUCUGCCAUGAAAAUAGUCAAGACUACACUUCGUAACAAGAUGGAUGAUCAAUUUCUUAAUGAUUGUUUGUUAGUGUACAUUGAAAAGCAAAUUGCAAAGCAAUUUAGUAUAGAUUCAAUUAUAGAUGAUUUUCGUGAUAUGCAGGAGAGACGUUCUAAAUUUUAG